AUGCAAUUAAAACAAUUAGGCAGGAGCAAAAUGUGCUACCUGUUAGAGCAUCAAGAAUUUGAUAUGUACAUAAAGUAUUUGUGUGUGGACAGCCAAUGCACUCUAUAAUUCAGAGCAAUGUGUACAGAUUGUUAUAAUAAGUUGCAUUAAGGACAUCGCGUAAUUGAUUUGAUUGAAGCUGAACGAUUGGCGUAUCAGCAACACCAAGAACAUUUAGCAUAAUUUAAGAUGCAUAUUAUUAAACUUAAUGAAAUACUUUAACACAGCAUAAAGACAAUCAAAUCUCAUGUUAAAAAAUUACAAGGGCAAUUCAAAAUUCUCAUUGAUUAAGAAUUGGAGAAAUUACAUUAAUAUCAUUUAAAACCUCCAAAUGAUCUAAAUGAUUUUGCUGAACAAUUAUUACAACAUCAGAAUAUCAUAUCAACAACUUAGAUGUAAAUUUUGACCAAAGGAGUGAAAUAGCUGUUGUUGAAAUCUUAUUUUUUAACUUCAGAUAUUACUGUUUUUACAUUCAAAGAUUAUAUCACACUUUCAGAUGAAUCAUUAGUUUAAAUUAAAAGGUUUGAUCUAGUACAAAAAGUACUGUUUGAUUAAAUUACAUUUAAUACUAAUUCCACUGAAGCACUUUAAAUAUUUAACAGUCAUCCUAAGAAAAUCAAAUGUCCUGGACUUGUUCAUAUUUAUUCUCUUGAUAUCAAAUAAGAUGGUACUUUAAUUGCUGUUGGAGGCCAUCCUGAUACUUUACUCUUAAUAGAUCCAAUCUCAGAAAUUAUUGUUAAAACAUUUAAAACUAAAUUCCUAGAAAUCUUUGCUGUUAAAUUCUCUUCAGAUGGACUUAGAUUAGCUGCAGCUGGUUCAUGUCCAUAUGAAGUCUAUGUUUGGAAUUGUAAUGAUCUAGAACAAAGUCCUAUUAUCUUAAAAGCUUAACAUUUAAACUAAAUCAAUAGAUUAUAAUUCAUCUCAAAAUAUUUAUAUACUGCCAGUGACGAUUAUAAACUUAGAGUCUGGAAGUUUAAAAAAAAUGGAAUUAAGAAUUAUAAAGAAUAUAUAGGACAUUGGGAUAGUGUUUAUGGUUUAACUAUAAAUAAUAAACAUAUUGCAUCAACAGGUAAGGAUAAGACUAUAAUUGUAUGGUUUAAAGGCAAAAUCUUAAAAUAAUGGAUGGCUCAUGAUGCUGAAUAUGGAGGAUAUUGUGUUGAAUAUUCUUUUGAUGGUAAAUUACUAAUAUCUACUGGUUAUGAUAAAAUUAUUAAAUUAUGGAACACAGAGAAUGAUUAUAAGUUGAUUAAACAAUUUUCAUCUCAUGAAUAACCUAUAUGGACACUAGGCUUAUUAAAUAAUACAGAAUUACUUGCUACUGCAAGUUGGGAUAACACAAUUAAAAUUUGGGAUAUCAAAAGUGGAAAAUGUAUAUAUACUCUUGAAAAUCAUUUUCAUUCAUCUCCAUGUAUAAAUAUUAAGUGUUAUCCCUUAUAAUUCUUAGCUACAAAUGAGGAUGGUGUCAUUUUGAUAUGGAAUCUGUGA